AUGGCACCGCUGACAUCUCAGAACAAUAAAAAUUCUGAUGACGUCUUCGCAAACUCAGUUGUUGGAUUCGGGAAGGCUAACACGAAAAUUCUGAAGGCCAACCUUCAAGAAGAAAUUACAGCGAUCGGGGAGAUUGAUGUUCGAGAACAACUGUCCCCAAGCUACAAAACGAAGUUCAAGACUGAUCGCCUCAGACAGGAGAAUGACCAGCUGCAAGCUGAUCUGGAUAAGCUGCGAGGAGAGCACACUGACCUGGAGCGCCGAUACAAAGAAAAGGCACAGUCUACGGAAAAUCACGUUAGAUCGUACCAUGCAUAUUAUCACUCUUUGUGCAAUAUGGCUGAUUUCGCCCGCGAGGCAAUCAACUCGGCCCCUUGGUCUUUGAAGAGUCAAGCUGAUUGGGUCAAGGCCCUCAUGAGCAAGACUCUGAAACAGACUGAGUUGAAAGAGAAAGCCAGUGCGAGGUACAAGUUGCUGAUGGAUGCUCAUACCAAGAUCAUCACCACCAAAAAGCUUCCCCCACAAGUUUUGGAACUCAUCUCUGGUGCAAAAUUUCUCCCUUGGGGUGUCCAUCAAAAUUAUCCGUCUGAAGGUUACCCUGUUGACAACGUGGGUCUAAGACUUCUUGAUAAACAACCGGAUUCCAGGCCUUUCAAAUUUAUCGAUGAGCCUGAAAGCGAUCAAGCUCCUGCUGUCGAUACAGACAAGGAGAUCAUUGCGAUCAGCUCCGAUGAACCCCAAUCAUCCGAUCCAAGCUCAUCUGAUGAAGAAGAUCAUCAUACUGACAUCGCGCCUCAAAAUCCUCGCAGGCGUUUGGACUUCAAUCAGGCCAUUCCUGUCUCCCUUCAAGUUUCAAAGAGAAGUCACACUCGAGUGACGGAACCCACAGCGACCAGUCUACCCGCCGGCACCGGGCAGAGAUUAGAGAGACACCGCAAUCGAUUCUUCCCUCGUGAUUCGGAGUCACCAAAUCCCUCGGAAAAUCGGGCUGCUGUCAGGAAGGCUGAUGAAUCCGCUCGUCACAUUGCUCUUAGUGAGCCACAAGUAUCUCAAGAUACACAGAGAGCGCUAUGA